CCGAGAGCGAGCGAAGAAACAGUCCGAGGGAGAGGGAGCUAUCAGCGGGUCUCGCUAAAAUCGCGCGACAACGAAGAAGCUACAGAGCUAGUAUUAAUUUUAUUCCUCUGUAAAAAUCGUUUCUUUCUCGUGAAAUCUCAGAGAGGAGAGCAAAGAGAAGAGAGAAGAUCGAAACUAAGAUCGCGUGCGACGAAGACCAUUUCCCCAUCUUUUUUAACCCUAAUUAGACGCGGAGCGAAUCCCAUCUAAGUCCCGCGCUCUCUUCAAUCAUCUGUGAGUUCGAAAGGUGGAAUGCAUGUUGAAAUAUGCAUGCCCAAUCCAAGAAAAGGACUACCUUAGAAAACGGCGAUGGGGGGAUUGAUGCAGGGCUAGCCGCGUCAAUUGCCAACGGUGAGGAUUUGGGACCGAUCGUGCGGCAAGCAUUCAAGUAUGGCAAGCCAGAGGUUCUCUUGCACAAUCUCAAAAACAUCGUUAAGAAGAAAGAAAUCGAGGUCGAGGAGCUCUGCAAACUCCACUAUGAGGAAUUCAUCCUCGCUGUUGAUGAGCUACGUGGUGUAUUGGUCGAUGCCGAUGAGCUCAAAUCCACGCUAUCAAGCGAGAACUUGCGGUUGCAGGAGGUGGCGAAUUCCCUUCUUCUUAAGCUAGAUGAACUUCUUGAGUUGUACUUGAUCAAGAAGAAUGUAAGCGAGGCUAUAAAGACAUUAAAGGCUUGUCUGUGGGUAUCCAAUUUAUGCAUUAUGUGCAAUCAAAACAUGUCAGAGGGCCGGUUUUACCCUGUGUUGAAAACUUUGGACUUGAUUGAAAAGGAAUGUUUACACUCAAUUCCUUUGAAGGCCCUUAGGAGAAUGAUAGAGAAACAGAUACCAAUAAUAAAGCUCCAUAUCGAGAAGAAAGUUUGUAGUGAGUUCAACGACUGGCUUGUGCACAUAAGGAGCACGGCAAAAGAGAUUGGGCAGUUGGCCAUAGGGCAGGCCUCCUCAGCUCGACAAAGAGAUGAAGAAAUGCGAGCCCGCCAGAGAGAGGCUGAAGAACAAAAUCGUUCGGGGGUUGGUGAGUUUAUAUACACAUUGGAUGUCGACCAUAUUGAGGAAGAUUCGAUUUUAGAAUUCGAUCUCUCACCCGUUUACCGUGCGCACCAUAUCCACACUUGCCUUGGUUUUGGGGAAAAAUUCUGCGAAUACUACUACAAGAAUCGGCUUAUGCAACUGAAUUCAGACUUACAAAUUUCUUCCGCACAGAAUUUUCUUGAAUCCCAUCAGCCGUUUUUCGCACAAGUAGCUGGCUUUUUCCUCAUUGAGGACCGAGUUCUUCGAACCGCAAGUGGUUUGUUGUCAGAAAGUCAACUCGAGACAUUAUGGGAAACGGCCAUUGCUAAGAUGACUUCUGUCUUAGAGGACCAGUUCUCUCGUAUGGAUACUGCGAGCCAUUUUAUUCUUAUUAAACACUUUCUCACUCUUCUAAGUGAGACACUAAAGCGUUAUGGCUAUCGAAUCACGCCUCUUCUCGAAAUUCUUGAUAAUAAUAGGGAUAAGUAUCAUGAGCAUCUUUUGAAUGAGUGUCGGAAGCAGAUAAUCGAUGCCCUUUCAAAUGACUCAUUUGAACAGAUGGUGUUGAAGAAAGAGUAUGAGUAUAAUAUGAAUGUAUUAGCUUUCCAUCUUCAGCCUUCGGAUAUAAUGCCGGCUUUUCCAUAUAUAGCACCCUUCUCUUCUUCUGUUCCCGAUGUUUGUCGUAUAGUGCGAUCUUUCAUUGGAGACUCAGUCAGUUACUUAUCCUAUGGAGGUACCAUGAACUUCUACGAUGUUGUGAGGAAGUUCCUAGACAAGCUGUUAAUUGAAGUGUUAAAUGAUGCUUUACUGAAUACGAUCCAUAGUUGCUCCUUAAGUGUGCCGCAGGCAAUGCAAAUUACGGCAAACAUAGCAGUUCUAGAACGUGCUUGUGAUCGAUUUCUCUUUCUGGCUGCUCAACUCUGCGGAAUCCCUAGACGGCUCGUUGACAGGCCUCAUUCCGGCUUAGCCGCUAAAGCUGUUUUGAAAGCCUCCCACAAUGCUGCCUAUAAUGAAUUAUCGAAUUUAGUGAAUUCCAAAUUGGAUGAGUAUAUGGUGCUCAUGAAUAAUAUUAAUUGGACGGUUGAUGAAGCCUCAGAACAUGCGAAUGAUUAUAUGAAUGAGGUCGUUAUUUACCUUGAUGAGCUAGUAUCAAAUGCUCAGCAAAUUUUACCUCUAGAGGCCCUUUAUAUGGUUGGAGUUGGUGCUUUAAGUCAUAUUUCGGACUCUAUUGUAACAGCUUUUCUCAGUGAGAAUUUGAAAAGGUUCAAUCUUAAUGCUGUAAUAGGAAUUGAUAAUGAUCUCAAGGUACUGGAGUCAUUUGCGGAUGAGAGGUUUUAUAGCGCAGGGCUGACUGAGUUGCGGAAAGAGACCAGUUUUAAGGAUUGUUUGGUGGAAGCAAGGCAGUUGGUUAAUCUUUUACUCAGUAAUCAGCCUGAGAACUUUACGAAUCCUGUAAUUAGGGAGGAAAACUAUGGUGUGCUGGACCAUAAAAAGGUGGCCGCUAUAUGUGACAAAUUCAAGGAUUCACCAGAUAGGUUGUUUGGGGGCCUCGCUAACCGCAAUACGCAGCAAAAUGCUCGGAAGAAGUCUAUGGACAUGUUAAAAAGAAGGUUGCGGGAUUUUAACUAAGACUGAUGUGUUGUGUGCAAUGUCAUCUUGUGUCCGCUGCAAUGUCAUCUUGUGUCUGCUAUCGAUUCCAUUUCUUCUGAUCUUCGCCGCAAUAUACAACAAAAUGCUCAGAAGAAGCUGACGGAUGUGGUGAAAGGAAAGCUGCAGUAUUUUAACUAGGAGUGAAAUGUUGUUCUCAAACACCAUUCAGUUGCCUUUCUGAUUUCUUAUGUUUAUAAUUCUUUAGUAGCUUAGUUUAUCAAAUGUAUGUACCGAGGCGGAUUAUUGGGAGAUUAAUGAUUUUGUUGUGUAUGUCAGGAACUACUAUUGUGCAUCACAUGAA